AUGGCAGAUGGAUCAGAAUAUGUGGUCCACAUGGUGACGGACAACGCUGCAAACUAUGUUGCCGCUGGUAGGUUAUUGGAGCGAGAGUUUCAAACAUUAUUUUGGUCUCCAUGUGCAGCUCAUUGCAUUAAUCUAAUGUUUCAUGAUAUUGGUAAGCUUGAUGAAGUUAGUAAUGUCGUAUCUCAAGCAUCGAAAAUUACAAAAUAUAUAUACAACCAUUGCUACCCAUUGCAUUUGAUGAGGAAGUUUACUGGAAGAAGGGAAAUUCAUCGACUCGCUCCUACUCGUUUUGCCACUAACUUUAUUGCUCUACAAAGCAUAUUGGCCCAAAAGGAUCCAUUAAGAGCAAUGUGUUUUGGAAAGAGUGUGCUCCUAUUGUGCAACUUACUCUCUACUAUUGUGCAACUUACCGAGCCUCUCGUUCGUGUUCUAAGGAUUGUUGAUAGUGAUGAAAAGCCUUCGAUGGGCUACUUGUAUGAAGCUAUUCAUGUGGCAAAAAGUGAGAUGGAGCGCAGAUUUCAAAGAAUGAAGAAUAGAGUGGCUCCUUAUUUGCAAAUUAUUCAGAAUCGAUGGGAUAGUCAAUUGCGUAAGAAUCUUCAUGCCACCAGGCAAGCACAUGGUGACUUUGGACGUUUAUCUGCAGUAGCUGAUCGUCAUAGAAUGGCUCCUGAUGAAUGGUGGACGUGUUAUGGUUGUAGUGCACCAAAUGUACAAACACUUGCAAUUCGAGUUUUAAGUCAAACAUGUAGUUCUUCAAGUUGCAAGAGAAAUUAGAGUAUGUUUGAACAUAUUCAUUCUAAAAAGAGAAAUAGACUCGAGUAUCAAAGACUUAA